AUGGUGGACUGCAAUCCCUACCAAACUCCGAUGGAGCAGCGCCUCAAGCUCAGCAAGGCAAGCUUUGCACUGCCGGUUGACGCCACUGAAUACCGAAGUAUCAUCGGGAGCUUGCGGUACCUGGUGCAUUCGUGCCCUGAUCUCGCAUUCUCAGUCAGGUACAUGAGCCAGUUCAUGGAGAACCCCACGGUUGGACAUCAUGCAGCUAUGAAGCGCAUCCUGCGCUACGUCACUAGAAUAAUCAAUUUCGACUGGUACUACACAAAGAAGGGGAUCAAGGAGGGUCUCAUCGGCUUCAGCGAUAGCGACUUCGUCAGCGAUGUGGACACACGGAAGAGCACCAAUGGCAUUCUCUUCUUCUUCGGUUCAAGCCUAGCGAAUUGGCAGUCCCAGAAGAAAAGGGUCAUCGCAUUGUCAUCCUGUGUGGCUGAAUACAUCGCAGCAACAACGGUGGCCUGUCAGGCUGUCUAG